AUGGACAUUGCCACAGAGAUGGAGACACCAAUAACAUCACCAUCAUCAACAACAUCCACAUCAACAUCAACACAUCUUGAACAACAUGUACCAUUUGAGUUCAAGUCCAUGUCAUCCAAACUAUUUUCCUUAAUGUUAUCAAUAUCUGAUGAACACUGGAUAUCAAUACUUCAAUAUCUGGAUCAUCGAUCACUUCUCAAAAUGUCCCAAGUCAGUCGAACAUUCUACCGACUUUCCAACGAUCGUUUCCUAUGGCAAAGACUUCUUAGAUCAGAGAGACAACAAGUGAUGGUACUGCCACCAAACUUUGAUUUAUCCAGCCCUAAACAGACAUUCCAGAGAAGACGCGAUUAUAGCACUAUUACUGAGGCCUUGGCCUCGUUGGUCCUUGGAAAGCGCGAAACAUUAUUAUUGGCACCUGGAGUAUAUAAGGAGAACUUGGUGAUUGAUAAGCCAGUGGAUAUAAUUGGUGAAGGAAGGGCUGCCACUGAUGUAUUGAUCGAAUCAUCACUGGCCAACACAUUGGUCAUCUCUGCGCAGUAUGGAUCGAUUAACAAUGUUGCCGUCAGUCAGUCUGGACAUUGGUUCACGAUCGACAUUGAACAGGGCGGCUUCACCAUCAGCAAGUGUGACAUCACCAAUCACACACUUAGCGCAGUCAAGGUUGGCAAGAAUGCCGCGCCAUGGAUCACCGAGAACUUGAUCCACGACUGCAAGGAGGCUGGCAUCGCCGUGUUUGGAGGCGAGGGCACCAUUUGCGGCAACGUCUUUACAGGCAACCGUUAUGGAUCGGUGGAGAUCGUGUAUGCCACAGCCAAGCCCAUCGUCAAGAUGAACAGAAUAUACCGAAACAAGGGAUAUGGCAUCCAUGUCCACAGCCAGGCCGGCGGCAUCAUCAGCGAGAACAUCAUCGAGGAGAACGACAGCGAUGGCAUCAGCUGCUGGGGCAACGCGUCACCCACCGUAGUCAACAACCGAAUCUUUAACAACUUUGAAGACGGCAUAUAUAUCCACGAGGACGGCAAGGGCGUGUACGAGCACAACCUCAUCUACGGCCAGAAGUUGGACGGCAUCCGCAUCUCGCGGUCCAACCCGCAGAUCUCCAACAACAUCAUACAUCACAACCAGGGCGAUGGCAUCAGACUGGUGAUCCGCGCCAAUCCCAUCAUCACCGAGAAUCACAUUUGUGAGAACAGACGCGUUGGCAUACAUAUAUAUCGCGAGGGCCAAGGCAUCAUCUCCAACAACUUCAUCUACGGCAACAUGAAUGCAGGCAUGCAGGUCUACACUCGAGCGCUCACAAUCAUCACCAACAACAAGAUAGUUGACAACACAUGUGCAGGAAUCUAUGUAUCUGACUACGCAACAGUAGAGAUAAAGUCAAAUGAGAUAUCAAAUAAUGGAGAGACAGGUGUAGAGAUAUACUCUGGAAGCAAGGCAUUGGUAUUCCAGAAUAAUAUAAUAAGGAAGAAUAGGGAGACAGGACUGGCAUUCUAUCAAGACUCAAUGCCUAACGACUUUGAGACGAUCAAUAACUUCUCGGCGAAUGGACCCGAAGGCAAUGUGCAGUACAUCGAACGUGUAGGUCGCGAGACCAUGAGCCAACGUCUAAAGAACAUCAAGAACAAUAGCGCACCAGGCGAGCUUGAGCCCGUCUCCUACCUAGUCGAGCGCGCACUGCAGGCCAGCGUAUGCACACUGACCUACACGCGCCAGUACUACCACCCCCAACACUGGUACGAGUGCAAGACAUGCUCAGAGCCACGCAAGAUACUGGGCCGCUCAGAGAUCGCCAUCUGCGAGGAGUGCGCCAAGAAGUGCCACGCGGGCCACGACAUUGGUGUGAGGAAGUACGGUCACUUCUACUGCGACUGUGGACAACAACAUGUCUAUCCAUGCAAGAGCAUUCCAGACGACUACCUAAGGUCACAACCAGCACCCUACGAUCACAUCAACCAUCACACUCACGAGCCAAACAAUCUAUCCGCAUCUGGAUGCAGCAGUGUUGUUGGUGUUAGUAGUGGCGCUGGUGCUGUUGGACACAGUUGCUGCGUGUCAGGUCAUAGUCGAGGAGGUAGCACUGGACAGAGUGAUAACAACACAUUUGUCAGUGGUAGUACUGGUGCUGGAUGGUACAAUAUUAGGACACACUUCCAGUAG